AUGGAGGACCAGGAAACAUUCAGUGAUGGAGAUAAUUCUCCAGGAUAUAGACAAAGCCACAGGGAGAAAUCCAACUCCUCAGAGUCCAGCUGUGUGUCCAUGAAGGGUGACAGAUAUUUGGGCAGUCCAGUAAGAUUUAAAGGGAGAGACACAUCAACUGAUCUAAGACAAAGCCACAGGGAGAAAUCCAACUCCUCAGAGUCCAGCUGUGUGUCCAUGAAGGGUGACAGAUAUUUGGGCAGUCCAUCCUCUGUCGCUCCGGCUCCACCUCGCCCUUUCGGAUCCAUGCCUCCGUGUCAGUCUCUGGCACCAUCUGCUCCGCCUUGGCCCUCCGGACCCUCCCCGUCGCCCAGGCUUAUAGGCUCUCCGUCUCUGCCUCAGGCUCCUCCGCCGCCAUUGGUCAGCCCCCUGGAUCAUGACUCUCAACUGGUCCAGAGCAAUUUUAAAUCAAAUCUGCUGAAAAAGUUUCAGUGUCUGUAUGAAGGAACAUCAAAGCAGGGAAACCCAACACUCCUGAAUGAGAUCUACACAGAGCUCUACAUCACAGAGAGGGAAAGUGGAGAGAUCAGUAAUGAGCAUGAGGUGAGACAGAUUGAGACACAGUCCAGGAGAGCAGCAACAGAGGACACACCAAUCAAAUGCAAUGAGAUCUUUAGACCUUUACCUGGACAAGACAAAACCAUCAGAACUGUGCUGACAAAGGGAGUCGCUGGCAUUGGAAAAACAGUGUCUGUGCAGAAGUUCAUUGUGGACUGGGCUGAAGGGAAAGAGAAUCAGGACGUCCAGCUCAUAUUUCCAAUUCCUUUCAGAGAGCUCAACUUGAUGAAGGACAAAACACUCAGUCUUUCAGAUCUUCUUCAUGACUUUUUUCCUGAAACCAAAGAAAUAGAAAUAUCCAGUGAUGAAUAUAAAUCCUCUGUCGCUCCGGCUCCACCUCGCCCUUUCGGAUCCAUGCCUCCGUGUCAGUCUCUGGCACCAUCUGCUCCGCCUUGGCCCUCCGGACCCUCCCCGUCGCCCAGGCUUAUAGGCUCUCCGUCUCUGCCUCAGGCUCCUCCGCCGCCAUUGAUUCACGGCACACCUGACUGGGCUCAGAAGGAGGAAUACUUCAGGAAGAGAAUCAGAGAUCAGAGUCUGGCCAAUACAAUCAUCUCUCACCUGGAGUCUUCAAGGAGCCUCCACAUCAUGUGCCACCUCCCAGUGUUCUGCUGGAUCUCAGCCACUGUUCUAGAGAAGAUGUUGAGUCGAGCAGAGAGUGGAGAGAUUCCCAAGACUCUCACUCAAAUGUACACACACUUCCUGAUCAUUCAGACCAACAUCAAGCAAGAGAAGGACUAUGAGAAGACAGUCAAAGAUGAAGAUAUGAUUGUAAAACUGGGGAAACUGGCUUUUGAGCAGCUUGUGAAAGGCAACCUGAUCUUCUAUGAGGAAGACCUGAGAGAUUGUGGCAUUGAUGAGACAGAAGCAUCAGUGUACUCAGGAUUGUGCACUCAGAUCUUCAGAGAGGAGUUUGGAUUGUUUCAGGGGAAAGUCUUCUGCUUUGUUCAUCUGAGCAUCCAGGAACAUCUAGCAGCUCUAUAUGCACACCACUCCUUUACAGACAAGAACAGAAAUGUGUUUGACCAAACCAAACAAAGUGUCUUCUCUACAUUUUUAAGAUGGAUGAGUUCAUUAUCUGGCCUGCAUCAGAGAGCUGUGGAUGAGGCUUUACAGAGUAAAAAUGGACAUCUGGACCUUUUCAUGCGUUUUCUUCUGGGUCUCUCAUUGGAGUCCAAUCAGACUCUUUUACGAGAACUACUGACACAGACAGGAAGCUGCUCCUACAACAAAGAGAAAACAGUUCAGUACAUCAAACAGAAGAUCAGGGAGAAUCGUGCUCCAGAGAGAUCCAUCAAUCUGUUCCACUGUCUGAAUGAACUGGGUGAUGAUUCACUGAUGCAGGAGAUCCAAGAUUAUCUGAAAUCUGGAGAAAUAAGAGAAACCAAACUCUCCUCUUCACAGUGGUCAGCUAUGGUUUAUGUGUUGCUGACAUCAGAGCAGAAGAUGGAUGUUUUUGUUCUAAAAAAAUUUAUUGGAUUCCAAAAUACAGCAGAUGAAGUUCUUCAGAAGCUGCUGCCUGUGGUUAAAGAAUCCAGAUCAGUUCAGUUGAGGGAUUGUGGCGUCACAGAUGAAGGUUGUGUUGCUCUGGCUUCAGCUCUGAGAUCAAACCCUGAACACCUGAGAGAACUGAAUCUGUCUGGAAACAAACUAGGAGCAUCAGGAGUGAAUCUGCUCUCUGAUCUACUGAAGGAUCCUCUCUGUAAACUGGAGAAACUGAAGUUGAGGGAUUGUGGUGUGACAUAUAAAGGUUGUGCUGCGCUGGCUUCAGCUCUGAGAUCAAACCCCUCACACCUGAGACAACUGGAUCUGUCUGGAAAUAAACUAAGAUCGUCAACAAUGAAUCUGCUCUCUGAUCUGCUGAAGGAUCUUCACUGUAAACUGGAGAUACUGUGGUUGAGUUAUUGUGGAGUCACAGAUGAAGGUUGUGCUGCUCUGGCUUCAGCUCUGAGAUCAGACCCCUCACACCUGAGAGAACUAGAUCUGUCUGGAAAUGAACUAAGAUUCUCAGAUGUGAAGCUGCUGUCUGAUCUGAAGGAUGAUCCACAUUAUAAACUGAAGACACUUAAGUGA